UGAGCAGCCCGGAGCUGCUGGGCUGUUACAUGAGAUAUUCAGGAAGUUAUUUGCAUGGAGGGGAUAAAAGCCCGUGGCAGCAGCCGGCUGCGCUGCAGAGGCGACUCAGCCGCGGUGGCCACCGGCCCAAGGAACUACAUCCAUCCCAGCUUCACAAUGAGUUGUUUACUGGCCUUGCCUGCCUGUGGGAAGAGCCAAGGAGAGCGGAGGAAGAGGAGAGACAAACACAAUGCGAGCGAGACGCGUUAGGGGGGAGGCUGGGCUUGAGCAGCAGCCCCGGCAUUUCAGCCCUAUGGAAGCAGAGAGGGCUGAAAAGGGAAUAAAAUGAACCAUCCGCCGCCUUGCUGCUGCUGCCAGAAGAGCCUCGUCCCCACCUGAAGGGCUGAUAUCGAAGGCGAAACAAUCGCUGCCGCGGGAAGGAAAAUCCGAGUUUUGAGGAGCUUUUCCCUGCUCGUUCCCAUCGGGCAGGCUCUCCCAGGCUGGGUCCCCCGGCUAAUUGCUCAGGAAAUCCGCGCUGCUCAUUGUCGGGCUGUCCUUAAGCUGCUAAUUCCGAACUGGGAGAGGCUCUGGAAGGGAAUCCAUGGAUAGAGCCCCGCGAGAGGGACCCAGCGGAGAGCCGGGGCGGGGCGGGCUCCGGCGCUAAUAACACAUCCCUGCCCAAUGGAAAGCGUUUCCUAUGGAGACCCCCAGGAGUUCCCCCUGCCCACAGCCCCUGCCCAGACAUUGGGCCCAUUCUUGCGUCCCGUUUUCCCAAGACACGAUGGCAGCAGCGCUCGGCAGCCCCGAUCCCGCUCGGAACAAAGGCCGGGCAGCUGCCACCCAGCGCGGAGUUUGAGGAUGAGCGGCUGAACUUGGACAAAGUGGGAUUUUCCGCCUGGGAAUAAGGCGGCUCGUGUCCCAGGGACACAAAGGAUCGCUGCGGGCUGUCAGGGAGGGAUCCCGUGGAAGCACCGAGCCGUGGGAAUGGUGGAGGUCCCGGAUGAAAAGUUCCAUGAGGGAGAUGCGGUAGGAAGGAGUCCAGCCACCUCCCUGGAAUGUGUUCCUUCGGGAAGGGACGAGCUCCCUGCCUUAUUUUAUGGAUGUCACUGAAGUAGACUUUGAAGGCCUUUGGAAGCCCAUCCCAGACUUGGCAUGGGAAACCACAGCAACAACCAUACCUGCCUGACAGAUGAUUCCUUCAAGUACAACCUGUACGGGGCCGUGUACAGCGUGGUCUUCAUCCUCGGCUUGAUCACAAACUGCGCCUCCCUCUUCGUUUUCCUCUUCCGGAUGAAGAUGCGGAGCGAGACGGCCAUUUUCAUGACCAACCUGGCGGUUUCAGACUUGCUUUUUGUCUUCACUUUGCCCUUCAAGAUUUUUUACAACUUCAACAGGCACUGGCCCUUCGGGGACUCCCUGUGUAAGAUCUCGGGCACGGCGUUCCUCACCAACAUUUACGGGAGCAUGUUGUUCCUCACCUGCAUCAGCGUGGAUCGCUUCCUGGCCAUCGUGUAUCCCUUCCGCUCCCGCACCAUCCGCACCAGGAGGAAUUCCGCCAUCGUCUGCGCCGGCGUUUGGAUCCUGGUCCUCAGCGGCGGAAUUUCGGCCUCGCUGUUCUCCACGACCAACGUGUCCAACACCAGCACCACCUGUUUCGAAGGGUUCUCCAAAAGGAUCUGGAAAACCUACCUGUCCAAGAUCACCAUAUUUAUUGAGGUGGUGGGAUUCAUCAUCCCUCUGCUGCUCAACCUCACGUGCUCCUCACUGGUCCUCCGGACUUUGCGGAAGCCGGCCACCCUGUCCCAGAUUGGGACCAACAAGGAGAAAGUGCUGAAGAUGAUCAUCGUGCACGUGGCCAUUUUCGUCGUGUGCUUUGUCCCCUACAACUCCAUCCUGUUCCUGUACGCGCUCGUGCGCUCCCAGGCCAUCGCCAACUGCUCCCUGGAGAGGUUUGCCAGGACCAUGUAUCCCAUCACGUUGUGCAUCGCCACCCUCAACUGCUGCUUCGACCCCUUCAUCUACUACUUCACCUCUGAGUCCUUCCAGAAGUCCUUCAACAUCAAAACCCAGAUCAAGAUGGAUUCUCUUUUCAAGACAGAGAUGCCGCUCACAAAGACGGCGCUGCCGGCGCCGCAGGAUGAGAUCAGUGACCAGGCCAUCACCAACGGAGGAGAUCCCACAUCUGAAUCCCAUUUCUAGGGAGAUGUUUACACAGGGAGUUAUCCCCCAUUAACUCCUGGUUAGCACCACGUGGCAAAGAGCAGCUCCAGAAAAUGGGGGUUCACACGUGGGGUUAACGAAGAAAAGCUGCUGGGGAUGACAGAUCCUCACACUGGGAUGGUCCCAUCACAUUCCACAGGUGAACACGAAGGAUGAAAACCCCAAUGGAUCUCCCUUUGGAGAUUAUGGAUAGGCUACAACACAUGCAUCAACUCAGGAGGGAACAGAACAGCUUCUUUAGCCAGGAGAUGCCAACAUUUGGCAUUUCUCCCCCUCAGCAGUUGACAUGGGACCAGUUGGGAAGCACAAAAUUUCAUUUCCUUAGAGAUUCCUGCCAAUGUUUCCUUCUGGAGGUGCAUCCUCAUCCUCAUAUGUUAACUCAGUAACUUCCCACAAUAUGUAUGUUUGCUUACAAAGGCAUAAUAAAAGCUUGUGGCUUUUCCUUACUCCACUGCCAGAGUGUAGAGCCUGGUUAUCCUACAGACUGGAAUUUACAGAGAGGGUUGAAGUGUAAAUAAUUGUUUAGCAAUUAGGCAAAAGAGUUGCUUGGUGACAGAAAAGAUAAUAAGAAAGAAAAAAAGAGAAUUAUUACUACAGUGUUGAAAUAUGAAGUUUCAUUUUUAUCAGAUUAAGCUGUCAUUUAAUUUAUUUGAUUAUUUUUUAUGCCACGUCUGGGGAGGAGUAAAGACCUCAUUAAUGAUCUUUUGCACCUGGGCUUUCAUAUCCCAGGGGAUUUUAUGACUAUUUCUGGGAAGGGCUGGACUGUAAAGUCAGCUGGAGAAGGGCCUGAAACCCCAGAGUUUUUCCAAGGGCAAAGCUCCCAUACAGAAGCUGAAGGCCCAGGAGUGCUGAUCCCACUGAAAUAUGGACAAGUGGUGUCAGAGCACCCAACCAAGGCAUGGUCUGUGAUUGCUUAAUGGGUUUUUAGCGCCUCAAAGUAACUCAGAAAACAAUUUGCUGCACUCUUUGCUUAGCUGGUUACAGCAAUAUUGUCUUGUUUUCCAAUUAAUUUAUUACCUUUCCUUUUAUAGAUUACAGAAAUAUAUGGAAAAUUAAUUAUUUGUAUGUGUUGCAUUUUACCACCUGGUUCCUUUCUCCAGCUCUUGGCUUGUGUUUGAAGCUCUACAGCCCUUCCCAGGCUGGUUCAUUCUCAAGUGUAAGACACAGAAAUGAGGAGAACAAUUUAAUUUGAAAAAAUAUCAAGUUACAACUUGUUAGCUCAGCAAUCUACAUUACCAUGGUAAAACUACUUCUAGGACUAUAUUGCCAAAAAAAGAGACAAAUUAUUAAUUGAACAGAUGUUUUCCACUUAACUCUAUUUUAAGUCUCUCUGAUGAAGCCUCGUGAGAUACGAGAACAACACCUCAAAUGUGAUCAUUUAAAGCAACAGAGGUUUAAGUGUGAGAAGAAUUCAGCUGUAAAAUGUUAAUGCUUCCAAGGGAAUAUUUAUUUAGCACUGCAUUCACUUUGAAUAAAGAAGUCAGUGGCUAACCAAGGUUGAGAGACCCCAAAAAUGAUUCUAUUUCAGCCCUAAAAUGUCACUUAUUGGAGAAAAGCAUAUGAUCAGCUCAUUAUACACAGAGAGCAUGAGAGCAGCCAAAAUAUUCAAUUUCAGCUCUGAGUUACAGCAAUCUUUACUGGAAAUUUGCACACAGGACUGGCCUGGGAGGCUUUUCUGUAGAUUAAACUCUCAGAAAACUGCGCUUUGGAGCAGAAAAAUGUGAAAACAGGGAGAGAUCAUUGGAAAAAGUUGGUGGAAUGAGGUCAGUGUAGGACAGGGACAGGCGUUGACAGGGAAUUUGUCAGCAGCUGGGAAAGUUUUACCUCCAGCCCCAGGGAUGAGCUGGGCUUUAGGAAGGAGCAAUAUUUGCCAUUUUACCAGAGGUGGUUUCAGGCAGUGCUCUUUCCCUUUUCCUGCUGGACCCAAACUCUUCACAGGGAAUUUUCAAAUCCAUAUUUCCUUUGGCUGAUCAGCCCGUCUCGACCCUUGCCGUGAAAUGUGUGUAUUUCAGAGAAGCUGUUCCUGUAACUUCAGAUCAAAAGGCAAAGUGAGGGAUUUGCCAGGCUUCCCUACAGGCAGAGUUCUCCCCAUGGAGCAAAUCCUUCAUCCUAGGGCAGAGAGGAGGGUUGGGGAACCAUCACACACACCCCAAACUCUGUGAGAAAACCCCAUCCUAAAACCCUGCCAGGAACUGGACUUAACGAGACACAAGCUGCAUUUUUAGGGAUGAGAGAGGGAAGGGAAAAAGAGCAGGAAGAAUUCACUAACAAACUUCAUUUCUAGGGGUGGGAGAGAGAGGGAACAAGACUAAGAAAGAGUCACUAAAAAACUGAGGGUGCAUUUAAAACCACAGAAUAUCCCGAGCUGGAAGUCACCCACAAGGAUCAUCUAAGUCCAACUCCUGGCCCUGCACAGGACAGCCUCAAGAAUCCCAACUCUGUGCCUAAAAGCACAUCUUCCUGUUUCCAAGGAAAACAUUUGGACUAUAAGAAAGUGCUCAUCUCUGAGGCAAACCCCUGAUUAAUUCAGAUUUACAGAGAUGAGAAACCUGUUUACGCUCAGCUUGUUCUCAGCCGACAACAUCCAACUUCCAGCUUGGAAAUCUUAUUUUAAAGCUGCUGGUUUACACUUGCAAAGCAAGAA